ACGUGAGCAUAGAAAUGGACCUCGAAGAUGACCUUGAGCAAGCUGUAGACCGUGCAGAAGAGAUCGACGAGGUCGUGUGCAAGGCCCGUAGCUACGUGCUUAAGACAAAGAAGCCUCGAGAAGAGAAGAAGAAAAAGAAAGAUGAACAACCUACACCCCGCUAUUUCGGACUUCUCCCUGAAGUCGAUCUCAUUGGUGUUAUCGGAAAACAAAUGGAAGAGACAUCGUUCUGGAAUGCUCUCGUUGCCGAACAUCGUACCACUGUGCGCCCCCAUAUCACGGUAGUGCACAAGAACUCCCUCCCUGGUGCUACUGAACUUUGGGAGCGGUGCUCUCAGCUCCACAGGAUGGCAUUUCCUCCGUCGUUCACCUUCACUCUCGGUCAUUUGGUUUGGAACAAAUGAGUUAUGGCCAUUACUGUGAACGACUUCGAGCUUGACGGUUCACCGGACACCCACUCUUCUGUAGGCCAGGAAGGGAAUGAGUUCGUGACAAAACUGUCGGAGGAAGUUCGGAAUGGUUUGCACAUAACAGCUGGAACAAGGGACCCAAAUGUAUCUACUGUUGAAGCGAAGGCUCUUGUGGAGGCAUGGCGCUCUGGGAAGAGAUCAGGAACUGGCUCACUCGACCUUGAAGGACUGACAGCGCGAGGCAGAAUCAAAAGACUCUUCGGUUGAGGUUCCUGUGCUCUUGUUUGUUAAAUGAUGGAUGCAAUAAACAUUUCCUC